AAAGGCCAUGCCCUGUGCAUGCAUUCCCAUUAUGUUUCCACUGUGCCUGAUCACGUGCUCUGCAUGUGCACUCUGUGUGCCUACACUGACAACGGCCCCUGAACGCAGCAGCGAGUGAGAAGCAUGGAGGAGCAGACAUCAGCUGGACUUGAGUUUAGUCUGCAGUGAUUGUUGAUGGUCAGUUUCUUUCUAGUGUGUGCGUCCAUGGAAAUGUAAGUUUAAUUGUUGUGUUAGGUAACCCACAGUUAGUUUUUAUUAGCCCAGUGUCCUGACCCGACAUCCUGAAGCGAUUGCUGCCACACCUAUUAACCCAUAUUUACACAUUCUAUCAUACAUUUUUGGUCCUUCGAGCCGGAUUACAGCAACUGCAUCAGCCCAAGAUGUUCAGGCCAGAUGAAAGAGACUCAGAAAGAGAUGUGGACCGCCCACACAGACACAGCCACCUGCCAUCAUACCUUCAAGACUAUGAGGUCAGUUAUCAGGCAUCGCAGUCCAGUGGAUGAGCAGACCAGAAAGGCUAUUACUGCUGAUGUUCUAGGGUGUAUUCGUAGCAUGAGAGAGGAAAACGACAAACUGCGUAAAGAUGUGCAACGCCUUACAGACAUGAUCUCCUACUCUCCUGCACUAGCUCCAUCAUAUGUCAUGUCACAGCCCAGACAACUUGAGGAUCAUGAGACAUACACACCUGCACCCAUUAGUAAACUGACGGCACAUAGUGGUCAUCAGGACCCACGUCAGCGUGAAAAUGUUCCACAAGUGCAAUUCAGUGAUGAGUAUUCCUCCCCACAACACGGCCAACAUGACCCGAGCUCAGUGACGGUCUAAAGGGAACAGGUCUGUACAGUCAUCAGCAUGCAGUAUCUUCUCCAUUAGCUUCCGGUGAGUCAACCCCGUGCUACAAAGACGCCUUUCAGCGAACACCAGAAACCAGAUUGUCUCCCCUGCCUCAAGGCUCAAUGACAGUAGACCAACCGUCGCCACACCAACACCAAGAAGACAGAUACGGCUCUCCAACUGGUGCUGUUCAGCGUCAGUCCGCUAGCAGCUAUGGUCCUCAUAGAGGCGCUACAUCCAGUACACCUGAUGUUAGGUAUCGUUCUUUGCCUAAUGAUGCCUGUCGUUGGCCUGAUGACAAGUUCCGCCCUCUUCCUGAUGAUACUUACCAUCGCUAUGACAACAGCCACAUUUACCCUGCUGAGUCAUAUCGACAGCCUAGUCUGCGAGCCCAUCGUAAUGACUGUUACUAUCGGGAAGGUGGCAGAAAUCAUCCUUCAGAUCGGAGAGGCUAUCCCGAGGAUCGCUAUCGUUCUGCUAAUGGCUAUGACAUCUAUUAUGGUCCUGAUGAUCAGUACCAGCAUUGGAAUGACCGUUACCCAGAUGAUCUCCGCAGAUAUUAUGACCACCUGCACCCAGCGGAGCGGCCUCAGGCUCAACUCCCCUUCGGCAGACACCCACCUGUGGAGACAUAUAGCGGACCUAAGCCGACAAUCCCUGACUUCAAACACGAGGACCCACGUGAGUUUGCAAUAUUAAAACUCGCGCUAGACAACAUCCUCCCACCUGAUGCUUCAGAGCAAUUUAAGUUCCAGAUACUGACCGACCACCUGAAGUGUGAAGAAGCACUACUAAUUGCUGAUUCAUACAGUAAUGGCCUGUUCCCAUUCAGCGAUACCAUGAGAGCACUCACUGAAAUGUACGGUCAACCUCAACAGCUGGCCUUGAAGCGAAUCUCUAAUUUGAUGGGAUGGACCCAAUAUCAAGAGUGGUGACAUUAAAGCCUUCAAGUCAUUUGCCCUCCAAGUCCGUGCAUUAGUGGGCAUGUUACACCAGUUGGGAGGCCAGGGCUGGACAGAGUUGAGAUGUGGCUCACACGUAUCUCGCCUCUUAGCUAAGUUGCCACACGACCUAAAAGCCAACUUCCAGAGAUUUGUGAACCCCAUCCAAAUUCCAAUCCCAACACUGCUUGACCUAGCUGAUUGGCUUGAAUAUGAGGUUUGUGUACAGGUGGAUGGAGGUCAGUACUGUAGCAAUUCAGGUCAAGAGAAGCAAGCUCCACGCCGAGACAGGCGCACAGAGUACAAGUCCCAGAAGACCACUACUAUUCUCCAUGGUAGUGAGCAGAAGGAGAGACCAGAGAAGGCUACAACUGUGUCUGUAUUGGAGACAACACAGGAUAAGCCAAAGAAGUACUGUCCCUUCUGUGACUCGGUGCAGCACUAUCUUAACCAGUGCAACAACUUCAAACUCUUGACAAAUGAGCAGAAGACAGAGUGGAUAAAGGUGAACAAGAGGUGCUGGAGAUGCGGCCGUGAUCACCAAGCAGCAAAGUGUGCACUCAAGGCCAAGUGCAAACAGUGCGAAAGAAAGCCCCUUGAGGCUCUUCAUGAGGUCAAUACCAGCCAAAGUGCUGCAGCAUCAGAUAAACCCAAGGUUAUUGGAGAAAGCACUUGCUUGGUGAGUUCUAUCUCAGAGACCCUGUACCUAGAUCGGCCGACAUGCAGCAGCCAGGUUUGAGUCGUGUUAUCCUCCAAAGUGGCAACAAGGUACUUGAGACCUAUGCUAUAUUAGAUGAUGGUUCAGAACGCACCAUACUCUUGCAUGAAGCUGCGGAUCGCCUAGGCUUGCACAGGGAACCUGAAGACCUGGUGCUCCGCACUGUCUGACAAGAGGUUCGUACCAUCCACGGAGCCACGGUGUCAUUCUCCGUGGCUUCCGCAUCACAGCCUGGCUCUUCAUUCCAGAUCCACAGAGCUUUCACUGCAAAGGAACUUGGCCUCGCCCGCCAUACGUACCCAGUCAAAGUCCUGCAGGAAAGGUAUCGUCACCUUAAGGACCUGCCACUGCCAAGCAUCAAGGAGGCACAGCCGUUGCUGCUUAUUGGGUCAGAUUACCCUCAUCUCAUCACUCCUGUGGAACCGGUGCGCCUCGGCCCUCCUGGUGGACCUGCAGCCGUGCACACCAGACUUGGGUGGGUUCUACAAGGCCUAUCAAAAUUCCUGCGCCACCGGUUCACUCCGCAGCAGUGUCUUUUUACAUCCUGUGCUCAUCCAGAAGCCGAGCUCUUCAGCCACGUGGAGAAACUGUGGCAGCUGGAUACCUUGCCAUAUCAGAGUGAGCGGCUCAUCACUAGGUCGAAGCAAGACACAGGCAGUCUGACAGCUUGAGGAGAAGACAAACACGGUUGAGGUGAACAGAGUCAGAAGGUAUGCCACCCCAUUACUGUGGAAGGAAAAUCUCCCCCUGCUUCAUGCACCAAAGGAGGCAGUGUUGACUCAGUUGCGUGGGACAGAAAGACGACUGGCCAGAGAACCAGAAAAAGCGGCGACCUACUCCAAGGAGAUUCACAAGUUGCUUGAUGCUGGCUGUGUCACACUCAUGGGACCGACAGAGGCUAAAAGGAGCAGCCACUCGUGGUUCAUCCCGCACCACAUGGUGCACCACAACGGGAAGGACAGGAUAGUCUUCAAUUGCUCCUUCACAUACAAGGGCCAGAACCUGAAUGAUCACCUCCUGCCGGGCCCCACAUUGGGAGCUAGCCUUUUGGGAGUUCUACUUCGAUUCAGGGAACAUCCAAUCGCCAUCAGCAGUGAUAUUAAAGGGAUGUUCCACCAGGUUCGUCUGCUGGAAGAAGACAGACCAUUCCUACGUUUCCUGUGGUGCGACAUGAAGGUAGAUGAAGAACCGAAGGUCUACGAGUGGCAGGUGCUUCCUUUCGGGACAACAUGCAGCCCGUGUUGUGCUAUCUUUGCCCUCCAAGCUCAUGUCCUGAGACACACUGAGCCAGGAGAAGAUGCCCGUCUGUCAAUAGAACGCUGUUUUUAUGUUGACAACUGUUUACAGAGUCUUCCCUCCGAAGAGCAAGCUAAGACGUUUUUUUGCAUUCCCUCCCCAUGGUGGGUG